GAGCGGGCCUCUGCCCGCAGGCCCCGGGCUCGGCCAGGGCCCCGCACCCGGCGGGCUGGCGCUGAGCGGCCCCGGGGCGGGGGUCCCCGGGCGGGCGGGCGGCCAUGGCCACCCGGCGUCUAACCGACGCGUUCUUGUUGUUGCGGAACAACGCGGUGCAGAGCCGGCAGCUGCUGGCCGAGCAAGUGAGUAGUUACGGCUCCUCCAGCCCUCUGAAUUCACGUAGCAUGGCUGCUGCGGAGCUGGAUGAGCUUGCUGAUGAUCGUAUGGCCCUGGUGUCAGGAAUUAGUUUAGAUCCCGAAGCAGCAAUUGGUGUAACAAAGCGCUUACCUCCCAAAUGGGUUGAUGGAGCAGAUGAAAUUCAGUAUGAUAUUGCCAGGGUGAAACAGAAGAUGAAAGAAUUAGCCAGUCUUCAUGAUAAACAUCUGAACAGACCAACACUAGAUGACAGCAGUGAAGAAGAACGUGCAAUAGAAAUAACAACCCAAGAGAUCACACAGUUAUUUCACAGAUGUCAGAGAGCAGUCCAGGUCUUGCAGAGCAGGUCACGGACUUGCACAGAACAAGAGGCACGUGUUCUCAGGAAUGUAGUGUCUUCCUUAGCACAGUCCCUGCAGGAGCUCUCCACCACCUUCAGGCAUGCACAGUCUGACUAUCUCAAACGCAUGAAGAGUAGAGAAGAAAGAUCCAAACACUUCUUUGACACCUCAGUCCCACUGAUGGAUGAUGGGGAGGAUGAUACACUUUAUGACAGAGGUUUUACAGAUGACCAACUAGCACUGGUGGAGCAAAACACACUGCUGGUGGAAGAGCGGGAACGAGAAAUCCGUCAGAUUGUUCAGUCAAUCUCUGAUCUCAAUGAAAUAUUUAGGGACCUGGGAGCAAUGAUAGUAGAACAGGGAACAGUUCUAGAUAGAAUUGACUACAAUGUUGAACAGUCGUGUAUCAAAACUGAAGAGGGUUUAAAACAACUACAUAAGGCAGAGCAAUAUCAAAAGAAGAAUCGGAAGAUGCUUGUUAUUCUAAUUUUGUUUGUUAUAGUAAUUGUCCUCAUUGUUGUUCUUAUUGGUGUAAAGUCACACUAGGUCUCACUUAAUUUUCUUAUUUUUGGAGUUUACGUGAACUUUUUUCCCCAAUGUGAAUGGAUGGACCUGCACUCAAGAAAGCUGCCUUUGAAUGUAUUUGCCCUCGUGGUACAAAGUCUGUGCAAUGCUUCUGUAGGAUUCCUCAAAGUUCAAGUGUGGUGACUGGUGAGGUGUUGGUAAAGAGUAGAUGGAGAACGUCAAGAAAUCUGAUGCUCUCAAAUGAAUCAUUCGGUUCCUUGUCCAGAGGUAUUUGGAAACACGUUGCUUAAAUAACUACAGAACUGUAAUUUAUCAGUGAGUUCUGUAAUUGGUUUGUUACAGUGAGAAAGAAUAUGUUGUCUUCUGAACUGCCACAGUUUUUAAGGCUUCAAAUUUAAACCAUGUUCCUGAGUCAUGGGACUACAGCUGAGGCACAAGGCACGAAAAUGCCUGACCUCAUUUCUUCAGACUCAAAAACUCAGAGGAAUUGGAGAUGAAUAUAAGAUAGCUUUUAACAGGCAGAGCCUAAUUCCAUCCCUGUGAUCUUAAUUUAGAUAUUGCAUCAUUACUAGGAAUCAAAAUAGUAUAUGAUCCUGUAAAUAACAAGAUUUAAUCACUGGUGUAAUUUAACACAUUUAGCUAAUUAAAUUUUUUUUGAGCUUGAGCAAUCAUGAGAACAUUUUUUUUUUCUUUUUACCAGAAAGAUCAUGCAUUUUUAUGUGCUUCAAAAAAAAAAAGUACUGCCAUUACAUCAAAGCAGUGAUGAAGUUAAACCUGAAAAAUAGAGAUUUCCCUUUCGGCUUUCUACACAGUGUGACCUGCUCUGGGGGCUUUUGGCUCUUAGCUGUUUUCUAAGCUGUUUGUUUUACUUCUGUCCACACGUGGUCUUACAUAUGUAGCUUUACUGCAAUAUGUAUUAGAUCCAUUUUCCCAUAGCAGUUUUUUUUUUUCAAAUGCC